AUGGACACAGCAUCGAAUUACAGUCAGUGUAUCGAAAAGCCAGACAUGAACCACGCGAAUACCAAAGUCGAAAGGGAUAGCGUCAAUCUUGACGCCACAUCAUCCACCUACUAUGACUCUGAGCCAUCAGCACAGCCACCAAGAUACCCUGACGGCCAAGAACCCCAAUCCACCUCGACUGCGCCACGAAGUAAAGCUAUUGGUCAACGCAGCGCCGGUGCACCCGCGGCAGUACUCGGUUCUGACCGCAAGGAGAAAACCAUUCGCGAGCGGUGGAAUGAUUUCAAAGAAAGAAAUUUUGGCGCCUACGAUGUAUCAGAGGACAGAGCUGGGGCGGCGAGUGCAGCUGAGUGGGAUAUGCAGGGCGGGAGAGUAGUCGGAGGAUUAGCGAAGCCGUAUUGGAGAAAAAAGUGA